CAAUCACUUCCCCCAAUAAUUCAAGAGAAAGGGAUAUGUAUGGAUCUUUUGAUUUUUUCACCCAAGACAGUCCACCCCCAUAGUUCUUCCCGCCCUUCUCUUCCUAUAAUAUCACCUUCUCAAUCACCAUCUCUUCAGUAACCCUCUAAUAAACAAAUUCUCACCUCAACACAUUAAAUGCAGAGCCUGAGAAACAUCAGGAGCAAGAAGAAGAACAAGUCCAGAACCCUGGACGAGGAACCUGGAAUCCUGAAGCUUGUCCACCCAGGCUGCCACGUCGAAAUCCACAGGCAACCCAUUUCAGCAUCGCAGGUGCUAAAGAAGAACCCCAGACACUCGGUGGCCCGACCCGACGUGUUCAGCAACCCCUGGCUCGUGGUCCGGCCUGAUGCAAUUCUUCAUCCGGGCAGAGUGUUCCUCAUCGUCCCCAACUCGACACUCUAUCAACUGCUAAAAUCUCGAAGGGAGAGGCGCGAGUUCUCGCCUCACCCGGAUUACUAUCAGCUCGGCAGAGGAGGUAAAGGAAAUGGAGGAGGGUUGUUGCCCGAACCAGAAAUGGUUGCUAGCAAUGUCAACGGCUCUUUUGAGAAGGAAGAAAGAGAGGAUCAUGAAACUGAUUCUCCACAGAUCAGGCUUAGUUCCUCUUUCUACCACAGGAAUGCCAGAGUCAGUCCUGGAAUUCCUGACGAAGCCUCUGCCGAUUUUGGUUUCGAUUUCGGACGGGCUCGUCGGGAUGGACAGGUUGCCAAGCUGAAGCCUUGUUUGAGGAAUCCUGAAAGCGGUCGGAGAUUGCUUGGGCUGAGAGUUACUUUUAAUUUGCCUCGCCGGGAAGGAUAAGGAGGUUGGUUAGUUGAAAUUUUGUGGUCUCCGGAACAGUUUUCUUUGAGGAGAGAGCCCUGCUGCAGUGUAACAAAGAAUAAUAACUCUGUAAAGUUACCAAAUUGAGUACAUAGUAAUAAGUACUAGACACCAAGUAUGAAUCUUAUACAAGAGUACAUAUUUGACAUGGUAUGGGCGCUUUUGAUUUGGAGGUCUCAACUCUCAUGUGUAAAUUCUCAUAAUUCGGAUAUUAAUACAGAAAGUAAUCUAAA